UGUGUAAGAAAAUUACAUAACUUUAAAAAUCUGUGCUUUACUCUUGCAGAAAGACAUCAGCUUCUCCAGGCAUUUCUUCACGCUGAGCAAUGUCUUGCCUGGUGGAAGAAUUGAGGGCGAUCAUCCUCAGGGCAUUGCCGACAAAUGUUGAGAACACCACAGAGCUUUUGAUUGAGAGACUUUUAGAGUCGGGAGUGGAAUCCAAAGAUGAUCUCCAAUUUGUUGAAGAACAUGACCUCAGUAGCAUUCUACCAGCUAUAAAAGUCAGAAAACUUCUCAGUGCUUUCAAAAUGGAGAGGGAAACUGUCACUUUGGAUCUCACCAUCAUGGAGAACACUCCUUCCUUGUCAGCUGGGAGCUCCUCACCAUUGCCAUCCUCUUCUAAUUUGUCUGUCUCUACUGAUGGAGAAUCCAGCAGUCUUGAAUGCAGUAAGCCAUCUACAUCCUAUAUUAGGAAAUCAUGGCCAGACACCUUCAAAGUACCAUGGCAGCUCAUGCCUGCAGAAAUUCAGUCUGCUAUUUCCUCUGGAAAAAGGCCUUCACCAGCAGCAAGACGACAAAUGGUUAGGGUACUUGCAGAUGAAAUGAAAAAAAUGGAGACAACCCCAACACGUUCACAGUGUCUUACCAUUUGCAAAACAAUUGUCAAUCAAUAUCCCCAGAGCUUUGCAGACCAGCUUCAUGAUGGACGAAUUAUAGGGGAAGGAUACAGCUCACUUUUGACCCAGGUCAAGACAAGAAUUGAGAACCUCAGUCGGACCACCAGCUUCCGACAGCACCGAUCAUCACUCUGUGGUGUUAAAAGAGGACCAACCGACACAUAUGGCUGUGUACGGUUUCAGCCUGAUCUUCCUUUAGAGGAAACGGAGGACUCAGUUGAGAAUAAACGUCAAAAGCUGGAGGAUAUCUACUCUCGUGAAGGAACAAAGGGUGGCGAGAAUGCUGAAGUAAUUCAAUUGAUGGAGACAACUUUCUGCCUGCAACGAAGUCAAAUAAAUAGCAUUCCAGCACCUUCUGUUGCAGAGGUAAUAAAAAAGUGGCCAUACCUUUUUCUCCAGAAAGGCCUAUUUACACAUUUUGAGCUUCUGACUGAGAUCAAUGUCCUACGUGCGUUUGAACUUUCUGUCGAAGAGUGUGGGAGGAGCAUUGUACAGUUUUUUAAAACCAGGCCAACUAACUCAGAAGUUAAGGCAGUUCUUUCCAAGGAGGAAGCCAUUGAUUCAGCCCAUCUCAUAGUUCAACUCCUAAUGGCUCACUUUGCAGAGAAUCAAGAUGGACUUAUUCUUCAAGAAAAUAUGUCUGCCACUCCUGCUGACCUUGAGAAGACUGGUAACCUACCUGUGACUCCUCGAUUGAUCCUGCUUGGUCCAAGUGAUACUCAAGGGCGGUGGAUGAAACAAUGGAUGAUCAGCUUGGAGGGCAGAAUAAUCUGUGAGGGUGUGCAACCAACCUUUCUGUCUGGACUUGCUGCUUUGUUUUCACUGUAUUACAUCUUUAACCUGCAAUAUCAAGAGGAAGCAGCAUCCACAUUGGAAUUCCUUCAAAGACGAUUUGUUGGAAUAAAUCCGGAAAAAGGGACCAAGGCUGCAAAAGGAAAAGUGACAUCUAAAAAGACUGGAAAAACUGUUCAAAAGAAGACCAUGACAGUCAAUCUGAAAGUGUCAAAUCUUUUAAAAAGAUUGAUGGACUUUGAGUGGCACUUUAUUUAAAAUGUUUUUUGUUUUACAGUGGUUUGUAUAUACUGUUAUUAUUUUUUUUUGUAUUCUACUUUUUAUAUCCAGAAAGGGCUUGUGUUUGAUAAAGCCUUGUGUUGAUUUAUUUAUUUUCAUUAUUUUUUUUCGGAAGCUUGAUUUGAAGCUUGUUUAUUAUUUAAUGUCAAGUUGAGGCAUUUUGAAAUUGUGUUUGUUUUCUUAAGCCAUCUUUGUAUUUCUCCAUGUUAUGGGUGCUUAUUUGUUGCACCAUAGUUUAUGCACUCAAAAAUAUGAUGGCUUGCAUUUUCACACAUUUCUUUUUGGCACAACAAACAGCUUAACAAUUAAUAUAAUGUUAAAUGGAAAUAAAGAAGGACUAAAACAGUAAGUUGGCAUUAUUUAUUUUGUUUUCCACAAAUAUAAAAUGCAGGGUAUAAUAGCAUUUGCAAUUUAGAAUAAUUGGGCUGUGAUUAAAAUGUAUAUUAACAGCUAUAUACUGCUAAAUAACAGUUGUAUGCUGUAGCUAACAAAACAGUAUCUUGCUGUUAAUUUUAAUAACAGUAACCCACUGUUUUUUAACAGUGCAAUGCUGGCAACCACAGCUGCCAGUAGAUUACCGU